AUGCAUAUCAAAAAGCUCAGAGUAAAGGCUCGCCAGGCGCCGUUCCAUGAGCCAUGUGCGGCGGAGAUGACAGCUAUGCUGGGUUGCUGGGCUGCCACGAAGGACAGCAUGUCCGUUGGUGCGUGCGCUGCGGCCGCCCAGGGCUUGUUUGCGUGCAUGAGGACUGUGCCCGGAAGGACACGGCCGCACCAGCCAGCAAUAAACUACCACCUGGCGCGUUUGGGCAAGAACUUCAAGUCAUGA